AUGUCGUAAGUCUUCCUCUGGUGGGGAGGAGGAGGUCUGCCAUUCGAAAUCGAAUCGUCGCUAACGACGCUCCCAGUGGCCUCGUCGACAAGCUCAAGGGCAACAAAGCCCUCAAAAAGGGCGACAAGCUGCCCUCCACCGGCGCUCUGAAAGAGGACAACCCAGAAAAGGGAACCGUCGAGCUGCACUCCCUCCGCGGAAAGAGUACGCACGCAAACCAAGCCCUUCCCCCCUCCGACGACACUGAUGACCCCCUCCCCACCCAGACAUCAUCGUCGGCGUCCCCGGCGCUUUCACCCCACCCUGCUCCUCCCAAGUCCCCGGCUACGGCGAGCACGCCGACCGCUUCGCCGCCAAGGGCGUCCAGGGCAUCUACAUUGUAGCCGUCAAUGACGCCUUCACCACGAAAGCGUGGAAGGAGAAGUUGGGGAUUCAGCACCCGCUGGUGCAUUUCCUUGCGGAUGAUAAUGGACACGUGAGUUUUCUUUUUCUUUUUCUUUUUCUUUUUCUUACCACUACUACUCCGAGGGCGGGUUUGUUAUGUUUAUGUUAUGUUUGUUAUGACAAGUUGCUGAUGGUUGGUUGGUUGGAUGGAUAGUUCACUGACAAGGCCGGUCUGUCGUUCGACGCUUCUGGUCUGCUCGGCAACCACCGUUCCCAGCGCUACGCGGCUAUUGUCGACGAUGGCGUUGUCAAGCAUAUCUUUGUCGAGGAUGAGGCGCCCAGCGUUACCGUCACUGGCGCCCAGGCGGUGCUCGAGCACGUUUGA